AAAGCAGUUCCAUACGGAAUGUCUUUUUAAAACUAGUAUACGAAAAGCGGGAAAUAAUGUAAAUAAAAGUUUGUUUGAAGUCCUUUGAAAGAUGUGAUCGUUAGCUAUCUUGCAUUUUAACCGUUUUAGGUUCCAAAUAGUGCCAGUUUCAGCCAAGCGACCCCAAAAGAUAUGGAUGAUUCCUACUGCAGAGAACUAACCAGUUCUCUGAAGCUGGAAUUUGAUACAAAGAGAAGACAGCUGCUGGAAAUACAAGCUGAAUUCAAUAGAUUGAUCAAACCAAGUGAACUACAAAAAAGUGAAGCUUCUAGUGAAAAAACAUCUGAAAAUAAGCUGAUUCUACUAAGUAUUGAUGAACAAAUGUGUCUCCGUCAUAAAUUAGAUAGAUUGGCAAUGAAAUUAAAAGCUGUCAACACAGCAGGAAGUCAGGAGCAUAUCCAUUUGAAUUCUGUGCAUGAGGAAUUAAUAGCCUUACAUAGGAGGAAAGAUGUGAACACUCUCAAUACCAGUUAUGAUUUCCAGAAGCUUGCACGUUUUGUAACAGAUUUACAGUCAGACCAUGAAUGGAACUGUCAGCUAAAGGGAGAAAUAGAAAACCAGAUAAAUAAAGCAUAUAGAAAGAUUGCUAAGCAGCAAGUGUUAUUGUCUAGAAGAUGUAGUGAAAGUUCUGAUCCAGUAGAAAAGGAAAAUGCAGGACGCUUAUUGGAUGAUUUUGUUAAACAACACAUAACUUCAAAGAAGCUACCUUUCCAGGAAAGUCAGCAUCAAAUCAACACUCAGACACAACCAGUUUCAGAAUCACAUUCACAUAUCAGCAUUCAGGAAAAGCCUUUUUAUUGCAGUCAGCAACUAGGUAAUGCCCAGAAGAAACUUUGUGGGGAAAACCAAGCAGAGGUAGAUCAGAUGAAAAAUAAUGUACAAGGAACUAGACCAAGGAAGAUUCCUUUUAAGGAACAAAAUUAACAUUAAUGUAUAAUCUUUGUCUGUCUCUCUGUCUGUAACAAGGUGUGAACACUGCUUCAAAAGUAUGUUUUGCUCAAAUGCUUUUAUAUUUUUAUUGUUUUGAUUUUGAAGUCAGUCCCAUAUAUAGUCCAUACAAUACACAAUUUAGAUUUGACCAUUUGUUAUAAAUCUGCUUGAAUUAUGUCUGUGAAUAGAUCAGUAUUAUAUGCAUUCUGCAUCAAACAGAAAGUUCCAGAAAUUAUCAGAUUGUUCUUAUUACUGGUAUUAAAUUCAUAAUUUAUCCAAAAAGAUAUUUUUAAUAGUAUUUUGGGUUACAAUGCAGAAUAAGACAUUUCUUCAAAUGUAUAAUGUGGAUUCAUCAAUUUUUGUGGAUUAAGGAAAACUUGCAUUUUCUUAGAUUUUUGAUUUCAUGGUUGUGCUUAUCUCUAUAUAGAGCCUAUAAAAAAUUUGUAAUUCCACGAAUAUUUCAAUUCUAUGUCAACCUUUACCCAGGAAACCCACAUAAAUUGGUAUCCAACAAAUAAUAAUGAAUCCAUAGUAUGUAAAAUGUUCAACACAUCAGUAGGUAUACUUACUGACACAGUUGUAAUGUAUAUCUAUAAAGUUAGUCAUCAUUUUACAAAUGACUGGUGUUCUAUGUACUGUAUAAUCCUUUUCAUAAUAUUUAUCAAAUAAUUCAUCAUCUUAAUUUAUUUCAAACUUGCAGUAACUUUCUAGUUUGUACUAUCAUAGAAGUAAUAUUUUAAAAAGAAAUUUAAUAUUACUUCUAUGGCAUAUAUAGUUCAAUUAGAAAAUAGAAUCUGUAUUCAUCCAAAGUAAAAUUUUAAAUAGUAAACUAAGGUUUUGUCUUUUUGAAACACCUUGCUUUGCUUUACAUUCAAAAUUUGCUUCAGUGUGCUCAGAUAAAAAAAAAUUAUGCUUUGCAGGACUACUGUUAAAUUUCAAUAUUGUUGCAAGCAAACACUUGAUGAAUGAUUUUGAUGUGGCAGCUACUUUUAUUAGAGAGAUAUCCUAGUAUUUAAAACAUUGUUAACAAAUCAUAUCAAUAUUUAGGGUUUAGAUAAAAUCUUUAUUUUAUCUUCUCUACAAAUGCGGCAGCUUCUUUUAUCACGAGUGAUGUUCUGGUAUUUAAAACAUUGUUAACAUUUCAUAUCAAUAUUCAGUGUUAAGAUAAAAUCUUUUAUUUUAUCUUCUCUAGAUAUUUGCUGUUGUUCAGCCGUCCACUCUUGAGUUUAAAUAAUAGCAAUUUAGUUAUUCCCUCUUACUCAUUUUUAGCUCACCUGACCUGAAAGGUCAAGUGAGCUUUUCUCAUCACUUGGCGUCCGUCGUCCGUAAACUUUUACAAAAAUCUUCUCCUCUGAAACUACUGGGCCAAAUUUAACCAAACUUGGCCACAAUCAUCCUUGGGGUAUCUAGUUUAAAAAAUGUGUCCUGUGACCUGGCCAUCCAACCAAGAUGGCCGCCAUGGCUAAAAAUAGAACACAGGGGUAAAAUGUAUAUUUUGGCUUAUAUCUUUGAAACCAAAACAUUUAGAGCAAAUCUGACAUGGGGAAAAAUUGUUGAUCAGGUCAAGAUUUAUCUGCCCUGAAAUUUUCAGACGAAUGGGACAACUUGUUGUUGGGUUGCUGCCCCUGAAUUGGUUAUUUUAAGGAAAUUUUGCAGUUUUUGGCUAUUAUCUUGAAUAAUAUUAUAGAUAGAGAUAAACUGUAAACAGCAAUAAUGUUCAGCAAAGUAAGACCUACAAAUAAGUCAACAUGACCAAAAUUGUCAGUCAACCCCUUAAGGAGUUAUUGCCCUUUAUAGUCAAUUUUUAACAACUUUUCGUCAUUUUUUGUAACUUGUACAAAAAUCUUCUUCUCUGAAACUACAUGGCCAAAUUUAACCAAACUUGGCCACAAUUAUCAUUGUGGUAUAUAGUUUAAAAAAUGUGUCCGAUGACCCCGCCUACCAAACAAAAUGGCCGACAUGGCUAAAAUUAGAACAUAGCGGUAAAAUGCAGUUUUUGAAUUAUAUCUUUGAAACUAAGAAAUUUAGGGCAAAUCUUUCAAGAUUUAAAUGUCCAUCAGAAUAAGAUCUAUCCCCUCACAAAUUUUCAGAUGAAUCCGACAACUCGUUGUUGGGUUGCUGCCUUAAAAUUGUUAAUUUUAAGGAAAUUUUGCAGUUUUUGGUUAUUAUCAUGAAUACUAUUAUAGAAGAUAGAGAUAAACUGUAAACAGCAAUACUGUUCAGUAAAGUAAGAUCUACAAAUGAGUCAACAUGAUCAAAAUUGUUAGAGGACCCCUUUAGGAGUUAUUGCCCUUUAUAGUCAAUAUUGAACAACUUUUCGUCAUUUUUUUAACUUGUACAAAAAUCUUCUUUUCUGAAACUAUGGGCCAAAUUUAAACAAACUUGGCCACAAUCAUUACAAGGGUAUCUAUUUAAAAAAAGUGUCUAAUGACCCCACCUACCAACCAAGAUGACCGACAUCAGUAAAUACAGUAACAGGUGAGCGACACAGGCUCUUGAGAGCCUCUAGUUUUAAAAUUGUACAAUUAUGUUAUGUAUUCCUUAUUUAUCAUCAUUGAAAAUAGACCUAAGAAAAAUGUUUUGCCUGAUAAGGAGAUACUUUCAGAA